CGUCAUGCCAACCCGCGACCAUGGCUUCUGAAUUCAGCAUCCUCACGCCAAAUGCCAUGCUUGGCUAUGGCUACAGGGCAGAGCACUUCUGGUAUGGCGUCGAGAAGUUCUCGCCCAAGGCUAUCAUCGUGGAUAGCGGUUCGACGGACGGCGGCCCCUACAAGCUCGGCUUGAAUAAGAUGACGUGCGGUCGUGAAUCUUAUGUUCGUGAUCUAACACCCAUUCUCCAGGCCUGCUUUCACCACAAGAUUCAAGUCCUUAUUGGAUCAGUUGGCGGUGAUGGUAGCGACAAGCAUGUGCAGGAGAUGUUUGAGAUUGUCCAGGAGAUUGCAGCCAAGGAGGGCUUCUCAUUCAAAGUUGCGACCAUCUCUGCUGGCUUCAACAAGGCAAUGCUUACAGAGCGCAUCUUGAACAAGGAAGUCGGCCCCUGUGGUCCGGUCGAGGCGUUGACUGCUGACAGCGCCGAGAGGGCGAUUGAUAUUGUCGCUCAAAUGGGCGCCGAGCCGUACCUUAAAGCUCUGGAAUCCAAGCCAGAUAUUAUCCUCGGCGGUCGCAGUUAUGAUCCGGCCCCUUUCGCUGCCUUUUCAAUAUACCACGGCAUAGAGCCCGGUGUCGCCUGGCACAUGGGCAAGAUCAUGGAGUGUGGUGGAAUCUGUGCAGUCCCCAAGGGCCGGUCCAUGAUUGCAACCAUGCGCCAUGACUCCUUCGACCUGACGCCACUGUCCCCCCGGGAGCGAUGCACUCCUCUCUCGGUCGCAGCGCAUACGCUCUAUGAGAAAACCCGCCCUGAUCGCCUGCCUGGCCCUGGUGGUGUUCUCGUGCUCGACGACGCUUCUUAUGAGCAGUUGACUGAAAAGACUGUGCGUGUGCGUGGCGCAAAGUUCAUUCCCAGCACUGUAUACCAGGUCAAGCUCGAAGGCGUUGAGAAGCUGGGAUACCGCACUAUCUUCAUUGGAGGCAUCCGAGACCCUAUCUUAAUUAACCAGAUUGAUGAGUUCCUGGAUGAGGUACGGGCCUAUACCCAGAAGCUGUUUCCAGAGCUCGACCAGUCUCCUCAGUGUCGUCUUAUCUUCCACUUCUACGGUCGUAAUGGCACCAUGGGUCCUAUCGAACCCUUGCCGGUCGCGGGCCAUGAACUUGGAAUUCUAGGAGAAGUCGUCGCUCCGUCACAGGAGCUGUCAUACACCAUUGCCAACAAUGCCAGAGCAUCGAUUUUGCAUAUGCCGUAUACCGACCAGGUUUCUACCACAGGCAACUUUGCCUCUCCAUUAUCACCACAUGAGACGCCGGCAGGUCCUGUAUUCCGAUUCAAUAUUUAUCACCUUGUGAACCUGCAGAAGGGCGAAGAGGCUUCAUUAUUCCCCAUCAGCCUGACUACCAUUGAUAAUGAAUCUCACGGCUCCCCGUGCCCCGGCCUGACACACGAGGAGAGGAACCAGCUUGCCACCGAAACACUGCAACCACUUACACAGAAAGCUAUCCCUCAGGAAGAGUGCAAGAUGCUGGAGAUUGCCAAGAUCAUCCGAUCGAAAAACUCGGGACCUUUCGAAUUGACCUUUGAUAUCAUGUUCGACAACGAAGAUGCGUAUAGAAGAGUCAGGGAUGCCAAGAUCCUCACCAACGACCGAAUUAUGCAAUUAUACCACCUCAAACAUGAGGACAUAAUUACGAACAUGUUCUUCGAGUCAGCGCUAGCUUGGAAGUGCACGAUUCGGCGACCAUGGGAGCAGGGGACUGUUGGUGAACGCGAUACCCUGGGCACCCAACAGCAUGGCCCACUGCUGAGCAUUACAGUUCCCAAGGCGAGCAAUAAUAACGUCCAAUCACGGCGAACAUUCACUGCGAAGGACAGUGUAGCGUAUAUUUGGAAGACACUCGGUCUACCUACCGAAUCCCUGGGCCACCUGCAUCUCCCAGGCGAAGGACUGGGACUCCCGUCCUCCUUUAAGAUCGCUCACCUUGCUCAAGCCUCUAUUGGGCUUUCGGCCCUUCUGGCAGCGCAGAUACAUGCCCAUAGAAACUCAACCCUGACCCCUGCUGUAACAUUACCUCUGCAGCAUGCAGCUAUCGAGUUCAAGUCUGAACGUCUGUAUACUUUGAACGGCAGGCCAGCACCCUCUCCCUGGGGCCCGAUUGGUGGCCUGCACAAGGCCGCUGACGGCUAUGUUCGCCUUCAUGACUCCUUUCCUAACCACCGAGAUGGCGCAAAGGCUCUCUUAGGCUGUCCAGCAGGUGCUCACCGCGAGGAAGUCUCCGCUAAGAUCGCUGCGUGGCGAGCAAUCGACCUCGAAUCCGCCGCGUUUGACUCGAAACUCGUCAUCUCAGCGCUCCGCAGUUAUGCUGAGUGGGAUGUCCUCCCCCAAGCCAGGGCCAUUGCUGACUUUCCUAUCAUAUUGCGCAAGAUUUCUGACGGACCGAAAGGUCUACCACAAUCCAUGAAAUCCCUUAACGCUGAUAAAGCCCUCCGUGGCCUCCGUGUCCUCGAGCUUUCCCGUGUCAUCGCAGCACCUCUCUCAGGCAAAACCCUAGCAGCACAUGGCGCUGAUGUCCUUUGGGUAACAAGCCCUAACUUGCCUGACCUCCCGACAAUGGACCGUGACUUCGGCCGCGGCAAGCGCACUAUUCAUCUUGAUCUAUCUAAUGCCUCUGACCAAAGUGACUUAUCACGCCUCCUCGAUGACACACAUGUCUUUGUACAGGGCUUCCGACCUGGUGGUCUUGCCUCCCGGGGCUUGUCGCCUUCUGACCUCGCAGAGAGAUACAAGCACCGAAAUAUUAUUUGUGCUAAUAUGUCUGCAUAUGGGCCGCAUGGUCCAUGGUGCUCCAAGCGCGGCUUUGACUCUCUUGUCCAGACGUGCUCGGGCAUGAAUGUUUCCGAAGCCGAGCACUUCGACGCUGGAGAAGCAGCGCGGCCGACACCGUGUCAGGCGCUUGACCAUGCGGGUGGAUACUUCCUCGCAGCGGGUAUUAUGGCGGCGCUGUAUAAGCAGGCAACAGAGGGAGGGUCAUGGGAGGUUGAUGUGUCGCUUGCCGGGGUAAUGAAGUACUUACGCUCACUAGGGCAGUUUGAGGGGAAGACAGGGUUCGCGACGAAAGACUAUACCUGUACAACAGAUGUGCCACCGGAGUACUUAGAGACAAGAGAGACUGGCUUCGGCGAGAUGACUGCCGUUAAACACUCAGCUUCCAUCGAGGGUUUGAGAGUGGGGUGGGAUGUUAUGCCAAAGCCUCUGGGAACGGAUGAGAAGAAGUGGCUCUAGAAUUAGUAUACAAAGAAGAAUACCAUACCAAU